CUGAAUCCAGGACAUUGCGUGCUCAUUUUACCGGCGUCUGCUUUGGUUGCUCAUGUGUCACUAUCAUUUUCAGCUAACUGUAUUGUUAUUGUAUUGUAUCGUUCAGAUAAAGUUAUAAUAGAUUAAGUUAUUAACCGUAAAAUGUUGUGUUUGGGUAGUUUAUCGGUGGCCCUCGCGGCGCUGGCUUUGAUGCCGACCAGUAGCGACGCUUUGAAAGAUGGAGAUUGUGAAGUGUGUGUGAGUUUCCUGGAUCGCUUCUACCAGUCAUUGCAAGACCAAGAUGUGAAGUUCACCAGUGCAGACAUUGAGAAGGCCCUUGUAAAAACCUGCAAAGAAGCCAAGGGCAAGGAGAACCGCUUCUGUUACUACAUCGGUGCAACAAAUGACGCUGCCACCAAGAUGAUCAACGAAAUCUCCAAGCCGCUGAGCUACCACGCGCCAGUGGACAAGAUAUGUGAGAAACUAAAGAAGAAGGACAGUCAAAUAUGUGAACUGAAAUACGACAAGCAGGUGGACCUGAGCACAGUGGACCUGAAGAAGCUGAAGGUGAAGGACCUGAAGAAGAUUUUGGAGGAGUGGGGAGAGUCGUGUAAAGGAUGCGCCGAGAAGUCUGACUUCAUCCGCAAGAUCGAUGAACUCAUGCCCAAGUAUGCCCCCAACGCAGCAAAAGCACGGACAGAAUUAUAACAGGAGAGGGGGGGAAUGCAGACCUGGUUUGAGAGUGCUGAUCCAGGAUCAGAUUUGCCUUUAAGGAUGAGUUUAUACCGACAGCCCAGUUCUGAUACUUUUGCCACUAAUUGGUGUCAGAUCAGUUCAGAUCCGAUAUUCUGCUAAUAAUUGGCUUAAGCAUAGGAACUAGUCUCCCUGUAUAAGUCAGACUUCAAUCACAAUUGGAAAAACAUGGGCUGCAUUUACACAGGCAGGUCAAUGUGGAUCUGUUUUUGAUCUUUUGGUCGACAGAACAAUCCUUGGGAUCCCUGUCUGUGUAAAGCACAGUGGGAACCACCUGAACCUAAAUCACCUUUCAGACACUUGUUUCUUCCCAAAUGGCUCCCUAUUCGGGCUUCUCACACCACAGAGGGCAGUGAGGGCAUUAGUGCACUAAAUUUUGAAUAAGGGCCAUUUGAGACAUAUUUGUGACCACCGGCUCUGGGGAUGGGGCCUUGGAGGUAUUUUUUUGGUGGCUAAUGUUCGCUGUGCGGUAUAUGAACCACUGGGCAGUCUGUCUGUGACCUUAACUUUCUUUUUGAAGGGAUGUGCUCAUUAUUAUUUCUUUAAUUAUUAAUGUUACAAUGAAAUAGAACAGGAGCAGGCUAGCUUUUCACAGGAGACUUGACAGUGGCUGCAGGUAUUUGUUCUGGCCAAGCAGUAAUAUACCUGAUUCUACUAAUCAAAUGAUCAUCAGUUGGCAAAUUGAGAACUUGAUGUGUUGUUUAAGGUUUGGUACUGCUAGGCUGGGGGAAACCUCCACCCACUGUCCCAUAACCCUCUAGAGAUAAGGUUGGCCAUGCUUGCAAGAAUAAGAAAACAAAAUAAAAUUGUAGAUUUGUUGUUCUUUCACAUUGAAUCUUUCAUGUAAGACCUGAUGUUUAUUACAGCGGUGUUAUACUUUUUCAUUAAAAUAUGAAAACCCAG